GUUGUUUUCCACAAGGUUUCCAAUAAAAAAUAGCUCCAAAUUUCGUCAAGUUCUCUUUGGCAGCUUCUUUAAACUUCUCUCACUAUUUGAAGAGACUUUGUGACUGAGUCCACUAGAUGAAUUCAUCCAUUAUUUGUACGGGUACUAGCAAAAUCUGAAAUAGAGAGAGAUAGAGGGAGAGAGAGGGUCUCUGUUUUUAUUUAUACUUUUUCUUGCUUUACCUUUGUUGGGUUCUCUGGAAAUACAGCAAUGGCUGAGUAUAUUUGUGUAUUAAACAAGGAUACGAUAAUCAUAAAGCCUGCUAAGAAAACUCCCAUUUUGUUAAGGAUGAUAGUUUUAGUGUUUGCAAUGGUCUGCGGUGUUUAUAUCUGCUCAGUUUGUUUAAAGCAGAUAAGUACCCAUAGUAAAAUUAAAAUUCAAGAUAUCCAAGUCAUUGAGAGGCCGUCUCCUGAUGUUGACCGUGAAAAUUUGCAAAUUUCUAGUGUACAUUAUCCAAAUCCUGAAACUUUUAGCAGGGCUGAAUGCGCACAUAAUCCUGUUCGGUACUUUGCUAUAUUAUCGAUGCAAAGAUCUGGGAGUGGAUGGUUUGAAACAUUGUUAAACAGUCAUGUUAAUGUAAGCUCAAACGGGGAGAUAUUUUCUGUUUUGGAUAGGAGGAUAAAUAUUUCAUCAAUUACACAGACUCUAGAUAAAGUCUACAAUUUGGACUGGUUCACAAGUGCUUCCAAGAAUGAAUGCUCCGCGGCAGUUGGCUUCAAGUGGAUGCUUAAUCAGGGAGUAAUGCAGCAUCACAAGGAAAUAGCAGACUACUUCAACCGCAGGGGUGUAUCUGCAAUAUUUCUGUUUCGAAGAAAUCUACUACGUCGCAUGGUUUCAGUUCUUGCGAAUUCAUAUGACCGUCAUGCUAAGCUAUUGAAUGGGACCCACAAGUCUCAUGUUCAUUCCACAGAAGAGGCCGAAACACUUGCAAAAUACAAGCCUAUGAUCAAUUCCACACUGUUGAUUUCUGAUCUGAAGGAGGUUGAGAUAACAGCUACCAAGGCUUUAGAAUACUUCAACAGCACCAGGCAUAUUGUUCUAUACUACGAGGAUCUAAUAAAAAACCCCACAAAACUAAAAGAUGUUCAAGCAUUUCUAGGCCUUCCAGUGAUGGAGCUAAGGAGCCGUCAGGUCAAGAUACAUAAAGGUCCAUUGUCAGACCAUGUCAAGAACUGGGAAGAUAUCAACAAGACACUGAAUGGAACUGCAUAUGAGAGUUUCCUCCAAGCUGACUAUUAAAGCUAUAGCUAGUCUGCUAACUUUUGAACAGUGUGAAUACCCACUUUAACUAAUUUUGUUAGAGCUGACAAGGUAAGUGGUUCCCAUAAAAUUUUUUGACAACCACAACCAGGUGCGAUCUUCCAGGCUUGUAUCUUUUUUCUUCACUCAACUCGUUGAACUUCGUGCUCAAUUUCUUCACUCGACUCGAUGAUCAUUGUUCUCAAACUCUUGUAUCCCUCCGAUUCUAAGCAAUACCAUGUAAAAAUGUCAUCUAAUCAAUUUUAAGCAAA